AUGUGGAACAGGCUUGCAGUCGUGGGCUUCAUGGUGGUUAUGGCUACCGCCUCGAUAUCCGACUCAUGCCCGGGUUAUUUAGAUUAUGCCAAAGAGUAUCAUGCUCCUUAUUCGGCGGGGAAAUAUAACCUCUCGUCCCAGCGACCAGCUCCGUCGUGCCGGACCUUCGAGUCUCAAGCUGUCGAGGACACGAUUGAUCGGAUGAAAAAGACCAUGCGUGACCCUGAUCUUUUCCAGCUAUUUCAAAAUGCCUUCCCUAAUACCCUCGAUACGGCGAUUAAAUGGCAUGGCACUGCCGAGGGGAGCGAUGAGGAGCUAACCUUCGUCAUUACUGGAGAUAUAAAUGCUAUGUGGCUGCGUGACUCUGCAAACCAGAUGCAAUCCUACCUGCCACUGUUGAAACCAGCAACAUCUAGUAACUCGAUAGCUUCUCUCUACUGGGGCGUUAUCAAUCUUCAAGCCCGCUAUCUUCUAACUUCGCCAUACUGCAACUCGUUCCAACCUCCCGUCGAGUCUGGUAUCCCACCAGCAGAAAACGGCGCUUCAACCGAUGAUAGAGUUUUUCCAACUUACGCCAACCAGUCGAUAUUCGAAUGCAGAUACGAGCUCGAUUCUCUUGCUGCCUUCCUAGAGGUCUCGUCCAGCUACUACAAAGCCACGAAGGAUAUCGAUUUCUUUAAGAAAUACAAGUGGGUUGAUGCUGUCAAUGCCGUCCUGGAUGUUGCGACGACUAUGAUGGAGCCAACAUACAACCAAAAUGGUAGCAUCAACACAAGCCCAUAUACGUUUACACGACAAACCAACAGGGCUACUGAAACGUUUGCGAACGACGGACUUGGAAACCCUAGUGCCCCAAACACUGGGUUGAUUCGUUCUGGUUUCAGGCUGUCAGAUGAUGCUACCAUUUAUCAGUUCCUGAUUCCGUCCAAUAUGAUGUUUGCUUCAUAUCUCGAAUCUACCGCCGAGAUUAUGGGUGCCCUGCCAGGUCACAAAUCUCUUGGCAAUCGCAUGGCUCAGAUGGCCGUUUCUCUCUGCGAGUCCAUCAAUAAGCAUGGGAUAGUUAAUGAUCCCGUGCAUGGCUGCAUCUACGCCUUUGAAGUCGAUGGAUAUGGUUCCCGGAAUAUCAUGGAUGACUCGAACGUUCCCAGUCUACUAUCUGCGCCAUUCAUUGGCUACAUCGACAGGAAGAAUAAGGUGUAUCAAAACACAUGCAAGGUUAUACUUAGCACUGCGAAUCCGUACUUCAUGAAGGGUCCUGUAUUCAACAGCAUUGGCGGUCCGCACAUCGGGCCUGGGUUUGGGUGGCCUAUGGCGAGUAUUAUACGCAUUCUAACUUCGGAUGAUGACGCUGAAAUAAAGGAGACUUUGCGCGAAUUGUUGUCCACCACAGACGGGUUUGGGGCUCAUGCACGAGGGAAUCAACUCUUUCGAUUCCUCUAA